UUCAAAAGAGCACCGUUUUGGUUGAGGAAAUGAUUCAAGAUCUGAAAAGCUCCAUGCUCGCUCUGCCCCUUCACGCAUCAACAUUCAUGAACAUGAUCUGUGCCGUUUUACGCAACUACAAGGAUACCUGUUGGGCUGCUUAUAACACCAUUGUUAAGAUUUCUCAAAACAAUUCAACGUCGCCUAUCCUCAGUGCAACUUGGGCGAAGGAAAUUGGCCAUGAAUUGAGGUCGUUGCCUAACUGGACGAACGUUCACGGACCUGGCAAACACAGAAAAAAGGAAAUGGAAGAAAACUCUGAAGCAAUCAGAAUGAGAAACGAAAAGGAAUCAGAAAUCCUUAAUAAGCUUGUUGAAAAUGUGAUCAAGAAGAAUGAAGUCAUCCUGGAUCUUGUGGAUCUCAAGACCUAGGCAAAUUUACAAGAGAGCAUUGAAUGGCUCGUUGGUCGCAUUAAAUCCUUUGCGAGCAACAUAAGCGCUAGCACGACGGGGAUAAAUGUUGUCUCGCAUGUAUCAUCUGACAAAUUGAAAGGGCAAGAGAUCCCUCCUCUAUCCGAAGACAUGUUGAGAGCCUUGAGUGAUCUUGGACAAGAUUUUCAAAAUCUUGCUGAACUAUGCCUCUUGGUUUUGCAUUUGGAAAUACGCUGUCAUUGUUUCUACUAUUUAAUGCAAGCUUUGAAGCAGAGGAGUUACGUUUGCAGUGUAGAGUCAGUUGAUGCUGAUACAUUGGUUAUCAAUAUGAACAAAGACCUGGUUGCUUUAGAAGACAUUGUCUCCACUACCUUGGCGCCUCACAAGUUUAAAUAUAUGUUUGAAGGACUUGGUCACAUGAUGUCAAUGCUCAUCAUUUCUGCCGCACCAUAUAUUAAAAAAAUGAACGCCAAUGGCACCAAGAAGAUGUCGAGAAACAUUUUCGCCAUUCAGCAAAAUCUCCUGAAUAUAACACAAUCCCGUGAACCAGACCUCGAUAAAGCAAGACUUUAUUAUGAUUUGCUGUACAAAAUUCCAGGGGACUUCUUGGUCGGACUGGUUGAACAAGGAGCAAAGUACACCGAUGCUGAAUACGAGAACAUCUUGAAUCUACACGCCCGAAGUCAAACUGUCAUUGACAAGGAAGGACAUCGACAAAGAUUGACGAAAUUGAAAGAGAUCUUAAGGGAACUGAAGGUUAAUCAACAAACUACUGUUUAAGUUUUUGGUGGCGUAAAUAAAGUUCUUCAACACGGAUUUAUGAUGGAAAGCGAUAGUAAUGACGUCAUGCCUACACAAUGUCUUACAGUUUUGGUGUGUGAGCCAUUACUUACAGUUAUAGCGAGCGAAUGAUUUAGAUUAAGGUCAAAGAAUACAAUAUUCUGGCCAUGACUUGUAUGCAUGGCCAAAACUUGAUCAAUAGACAAAAUUUUACAUGUUAAUUGAUAAAAAAGAGUAUAAAAUUUCAACAUGAAACUUCAUUGAUAUCAAAUGCAAA